AGUGAAGCAGAUUUUGGGGGAAAAAAAGCAAUCCCAAAUACCUCAAUCUGCUGAACAAACGCUUUUUUCAACAGCGUUGCAUUGCGAUUUGAGUCUAGACAAAUGUGUUGUGUGGAUACUGGAAAGGAGAGCGUGAAAGAAAUGGCACCGUUGAAAGCUUUGGAGGCAGCGUACCCAAUACUCGACCCCAAUUUCCAGGCCUUUUGCGCCUCUCACGGUAUUUUCUCUGUGGAAGAUUUCCUCAUUCAUGACCUCUAUGAAUUAGCUGCAUUUGCAGAACAACAGCCUACAUCUGAGAAAUUAAAGCAGCCGGGCAUUACUCAGGUCCUCUCUAUUAUUGAUACUCAGCAUCAACCAUGGUUGAAUGGUAUGGAGCUUUUAGAUGAUGCUCUACUUAACAAGCAUGUACUGUCAACUGGGUGUGAAGGAAUUGAUUUGUUACUUGGAGGCGGAUUACGUGAGGGACAAUUAACUGAACUUGUUGGGCCAUCUUCUUGUGGUAAAACACAAGUUUGCCUACUUGCUGCCUCAAAUGUUGCAACAAAGCACAUGGGUAAUGUUGUAUACCUGGACACUGGUAACUCUUUCUCACCCCAACGAAUUGUGCAGUUUGUUGUUCAUAUCUCUGGCCGUGCCUUUGAUGAGAGAAUAAUGAAUGGCAUUGUAUGCCAUUCUGUGUUUGACAUCUUUACAAUGUUCAAUGUGUUUGACAAAACGAAUUUCCUUCCCAUUUCUGGAUAGAGUUUCAAUUUUCCUUUUAUUGAUCAUAUGAUCUGGUUCCAGCUGCAGAAACGAGGGCAGGUGCGGUUGCUUAAUGUUGAUUCGAUCUCUUCACUAAUUACCCCGAUUCUUGGGAACAGUGGUUCACAGGGACGCGCCUUGAUGAUAUCUGCUGGGUAUAUGUUAAAGAAAUUAGCACAUGAGCAUAAUGUUGCGGUACUGGUGACCAAUCACACAGUGGGUGGGGAAAGAGGUAUUCCAAAACCUGCUCUUGGACAGACCUGGAAGAGCAUCCCACAUGUGAGGCUUGUACUUUCUGGUGAUCAUGGAAACAAUGUCCGGAGUAUUUCAGUGCUAAGACACUCAUCCAUGGUAAACUUAUCCACAUUAAUCGUGAUUGUGGUGCAUAUACUGUUUAAACCGGAUUUGCGCACAGCUUUACUACUAUUACUUUUUUUCCUCCCUCGUUGCAAAUAAUUCGUUGUUUUUUGCUUACGGUAUAGAUUAGCUGAAGAAUGCUCCUGCAAAGUUUUCAAUUUAGGAGGAACAUCGUCGUUGCUUCCGUAAUGCAAUCGAAGAGUGAACGAUGUAGAAAAUUGAAACUAUUCCGUAAUGCAAUCAAAAAUAGAAACAGAGAAUUAUAGCAAUUAUGGUUGAUUCAAGUUGUACUUGUGUCCUACACGAAGGUUAGGAAGAGUAAGUCAUUUACAAAACUGAAGCUACUUUGUAACACAAUACUGUUAACACCUUUAUAGGAGUGCUCUCUUUUAUUUAUUAAUUUUCUUCGCCUGGGAUUCUCUUUUAUUGAUUUAUUUUUGCCUCGGAGUGCUCUCGUUUAGAGAUUCUGAGAAUUGGGGCUACAUGUCUAGAAUGCAUAGUUUUUUCACACUACUGACUACUUGGCUCUCACCACCGCGGCCUUCAUUGACAUUCUACUUCCCCACUGCCGCAACCGUAACUAUCAUGCAACCACCACUACUCAUACCACUGCUGCCACCAACCACGACCAACA